AUGACAAUGUUUAAGGGAAUUCGUUGUUUAUCUCAUUUAUCAUUUAGAACGAUGACCACCCAGGCUAAAGAGUCUUCAAUUUUGAAAUGGGCAUCUGAUGAUGGAGAAUUUCGUAGGAAAUCCUCAAAUUUUCGUAAUCAUAUUAAGAAAGAUCUCAAUGCAGAUUUUACUUCUGAAAAAGACCGUUAUCAUUUAUUCGUUAGCUGGGCUUGUCCUUGGGCGCACAGAACAAUAAUCGUUCGUGCACUUAAAGGACUUGAAAAUGUUAUUGGAUUAAGCGUUGUUGAUUAUUUUCUUGGUGAAAAAGGUUGGAGCUUUACUCCACCCGUUGAGAUUCCAGGAUCUUCAGAGAAGGCUCAACAUCUUAGUGAUAUAUAUUUCAAGGCUAAUUCUCAUUAUGAAGGAAGUGAAAUCAUUCGCAUGUUAAAUGAUGUUUUCGAUGAUUUUAUUCCCGAAGAAAAAAAGGGUUUGACUUUUUACCCUGAAAAUUUACGUUCACAAAUUGAUGAUAUUAAUGAAUGGGUUUAUGAUACUGUGAAUAAUGGUGUUUAUAAAUGUGGAUUUGCUACUACUCAAGCCGCAUAUGAUAAAAAUAUUACUCCUCUAUUUAAUUCUUUGGAUAAAUUGGAGGAAAUUCUUUCCAAGAAUAAAUUCCUUGUUGGAAAUAUUUUAACCGAAGCUGACAUUAGACUUUGGACUACCAUUAUCCGUCAUAAGCAAAUUAAUCCAACUGGAAUUGUUCCUAUUAGAAAUGGUCCAGGUCAAAAGAAAUUAAUAGCUCUGGCUAGAGCAUUGAUCCGGAAAUCGAAUUUAAUUAUAAUAGAUGAAGCAAUGGCAAGUGUAGAUUUUAAAACGGAUGGAUUGAUUCAAGGGAUUAUUUGUCAAGAAUUUAGUGAUGCCAUUUUAUUAUGUAUUGCUCAUCGUUUAAGAACUGUCGUGGAUUAUGAUAUGAUUUUAGAACGGUCAACCCUCAAUCUAGUGGCUGAGCCAAUCAGGCCUUCGUUAUAA